AGCGUUCUUUGAUACGCCUGAACAAGAAUCCUGGAGUACGAUUAAUUUUGAGAGAUCUCAAGACCAGACUACACUGCACACAUGGUGGGUGGUUUCGGGGUGUCGGCUAAUCCAACUGGGAGUACAAGCAGCACUCGAGGUUAAACAAGGCACCCAUGAGCACGUCCAGCACACCAUCACCCUCCAGGACAAGGGUGUGGCUGUGGUGUGGCACCUGCUGACGGCGGAGGCGUGGCGUUUACACCUGCUGCCACUCCUACUGACGACACCCUCCCCCUCCUCCUCCCUGCCCUUCAUUAUAGUUCUACAGACGGAGGCGGCGGCGAUGGGGUUGCUGGAGAACUUGGUCUUUCAUGAGGACUCGGCCGCUUCGCUCGACGGGCUCAUACUUGACGUGAUCGACCACAGCGUGAGGCAGCUGACGAGGAUAGCUACCCACGCCCACACCCACCCACACCAUCCGCUCUACCACCCCGUAGAGGCGAUGGAUGCUCGGCAAGGUAAGACAGCGAGAGAGAGUGGAGAGGGGGUGGAUUGUGAGGUGAAAGAGGAGGGCUUGGUGAAGGAAGUGGAUGGUGAAGAGCGGAGAGUGGGGCUGGUACUGGGGUGUCGGGCUGCUGCCAUCCUCCACCUUUUGUCGUCUUGUCUUGGGCGCCUGCCUCUGUGUGCCACCACUCGCCUCCUUCACACCCACGACGUACCCCAGCUCCUCGCCUCGCUACUUCAUCUGUCCCCUUGGAGGAUGACACACGCUGGAGGACGCUAUGUUUUCCAGGAAACCGAGUGGGUGGAGGAGAAGGAGCCCGCCCCUCCACUCAGCCGAACUGAGUGUCAGCUGUGGGCAGCCCUACAUGCCUUACUGAUGGACAGGGAGACUCUAGCCAUGUAUGAGGUGAACAGUGGACGUCGCGCGGCUCUGCUGAAGCUGCGCGGUCAUCUGAAUGAUGCCGCGCUGGCCCAGGUACCCGCCCUAGAGCCCCUGGCCCGUUGGUUGGCCGCCCUGACUCUCACCGCCCCCCAAGAGGCCCGACCCCCACCCCUCGUUACUACUAUCUCACAGCUAGGUGAGGCGGGAGUGGCGGGUGUGUGGGAGGGUAGAUGGGGGGAGUUGGCCGAUCUCCUGAAGCCUAGGUUCUUGAGCCCCACGCCCGAAGACCUACAAGUCCUCGCGACCAACAUGACCGCGGCCUGGGACCUGGACGCUCUAGAGGCCUUAUUGCCGGAUACCCCUGUCUGCGCCACCUGCGGGAACCCAGCUGGCCGAAGGUGCUCCAGGUGCCGCGCACAAUGGUACUGUCGCAGGGAGUGUCAGGUGAAGCAUUGGCCUGACCACAAGAAACUCUGUGACCUGUUGAACUCUGACCUCGCCACCAGAAAGACGUCUUUUAUAGAGUGAAAGAAAUAUUCAGGAUAAUAUCUCACCAUAAUCAUGUAUGUAAAAUAUGUGCACUAAUAACAAUAAUGACAUAGAUAAUAAGGACACUAUCCAUUGGUUAUUUCAUUUCUCACACUUUUAUCCUAAAAAAUCAUGGAUGUAGACGUGCUUGUCUUAUUGUCUAGCCAGUUAUAAAUGUUGCGCAAUGUGAUGUGUAGGAAUCACUGUCCCGGCGUUAAUGACGAUCAAAGACUAUAUAGUGGUUCGUUAUUUAUUUUUUCCCAUUGUUAAAACGUAGUAAUAUAAGAGACUCGAGUAUGUACAGUAUGGUUUAAAGGAUGCUGCACAUGCAACAACAGUGGGAAGAAUUUUUAACUUGUUGGCCAUUUUCUAGUGUUAUAGCUCCGUAAUAACUCUCCAGGUACAGUCGGGGUCAAAAGUCUUGAACACUUGACAGCAUUUGGCAUGUAAGUACCCGAAGAUCUUAGGUAUUAAGGAGAGUUUUAUCCCAUUUUGUGGUUCAGACAUAAUUUGUGAUGACAAUAGUGUUAUAAGUAUAUCCCAAUUAUGUAUGUAUGACUCAGAAGUAGAUGCCAGAUAUUGCUAAGUGUUCAAGACUUUUGAUCCCGACUGUACAAGAUUUCGGCGGUCGAGUGGAUACAGGGGUCGUCUCCCGUUCCAUGGGUCGGUAGUUUGGUUCGGUACUCGGGCACUCACAGUUCGCCCAGCUGGAAAUGGAUACCUCUAAUGCAGGUCCCACAAUCAAAUUCAGUAUUAAUCUGUAUCGACUAAAUCCACCAACAAGAUAUGUAAGAUCAAAAAUAUCCCUGACAUACUGUAUAGUGAAUGAAAGAGAAACCUGUUGAAAGGACAAUCUCAAAGGAAUUUCGGUGUAGUGGUGGUACAGUACAUAUUUUGAAUGUAAACACGGACUUGCAAUAUAUUUUUUAAAGAUAUUUAAUCCGCGACCCUGUAAUUUUCCAGCAAUUUGGUGGAUAAAUGAUUCUUGAUUUUGACGAGAAAAGUUUUACCCUUGAAACAGUAUUCACCGUCAAGUUACCACUAUACACAAAAAUAAUUAUACAAUGUUUGCCAAAGGUGGGACUACACUCAGUAACAAUCAUGACCCAGGAACCAAAGAGAAUAACAAUGUUAUCAGCUCAGUAUGAAUGAAUGAGACUUAUCCAAGGCCUGACUCCUCAUUGUUCUACUCGUUAACUGAUUCAUUAAUUACGCUCGUUGAAUAAUAAUAAUAAUAAUAACAAUAAUAAUAAUAAUAAUAAUAAUAAUAAUAAUAAUAAUUGAGAUGUCUGCAGUAAUUUUGAUAGAUCUAACGUUAAAGCAUAGAGAAUUUGUUGUAUUCUUAAUCCAAUGAAUAACUAAACCUAAUUAUCGGUUGCGCAUGUGUGAUGAGAUCACGCAGCUGCAGGUUCUUGGCUACACACCUAUUGUUAUUAUAAUGUAAUUACUGCGCUUCAACAACGAAGGUCUUUAAGCGCGUAACAAGGUUAGUAAUUACACUAUUCUGGCAACACUUAAAAAAUAUGGAGAUUAAACCCUCUUAGUCCCACCUGAAGUCAGAAACGCGGAAAUAGAGCGUCCCGAAGCCUAUAACACUGAAGAUCCAGCAAGGGAGGAAGGUAGUCAGUAGGUAGGAGCCAAACUGACGCCGCAACAACACCUGCAACCAAUCAAACAUUAUUACGACCAAACCCACCUACAGCCGUACAACCAAACCCACCUACAGCCGUACAACCAAACCCACCUACAGCCGUACAACCAAACCACAUUUCAAAACGUAUAUAAACCAUACUGACGUAGCCAAUACGUAUCUGCAAACUAACUCAUUAAUCUUAGACAGGCGAAAACUAACUCACUAGCAUGUUAAAAGCGAGACAAAUUAGACAGAUGUUAAUUAUCUCGAUAACAAUGUUAAUUAAUAGUGAGUCAGGUGUUAACUAAAUUAACAUUAUCAUCUGCGAUGUUGUUACCCUGAAGCUGAUGGUGGUGACGGCGCCAUUGAUGGAUUCAUACAGGUAGCGGAGCUCAGAGGCCUCGAAGAGCGUCAAUGUGAUGGGCGUUGACUUGACCCAGAUCCUCUGUGGUAGGAGAUGAUUUCUGUGUGUGUGUGUUUUCAAGGCUUAAUCGACCACAUAAACAUUGUACUCCCCGAAUCACAAAGAGGCUUCCGAAAACACUUUAAAGCACAUUAGAUAUGGUUUUCGUGGCGAGGCAGCUCCAAGAGAACGACUUGAGCUAAACUAAUUUGUACAUGACUUUCAUAAAACCCACAACGGCCUUUUGUCACAUUCGGAGCCUAUCCUAAUCCAUAACCGGAUCUAACUUAACGUAACUUAACCUGAUCUAAGGUAAUUGAUUAGUUAUUGUAAUAUAACAUAUUGUAACUUAAUUUACUCUAUCUCAUCUUAACCUAUGCUAACGCAUUACAUAUUCUAACCAAGCCUAACGUUACUCGUCUUGAUCAAAUCCAACCUAAUCUAACAUUGCUUUACCAAAACCUAACCUAACUCAACAUAAUCUAACCUAACUUAACCUUGCCCAAUCCUAACUUAACUUAAUCUAACAUAUUACUCAACUAAACCUCUCCUAACUUAACUGGACUAAACUUAACCACAUGCACCAGUUAUGUCUUAACCUAACUUAACGAAACCUCCUAAUUCAUCACCUGAGGUUCGAAGGUGGCGUAAAAGGUGCCUCUGUUGACGAUGGAGACUUUAAUGUGACAUUCGUGGACGUCGAAGGGGAAGAUGGAAAGGUCGAAGUCACACACACAGGCUGCCAUCAAGUUCUCUUGACGCUCCAAAAUGGCGUAGCUGCUCCCGUUGUAUACGUAGCCUGUCAAUUACUAUUGAUCCAACAAAUAAGAGAGUGGUAGUAUUUCAUAUUGUUAUGCCGAGGCAUAAUUUCGUAUUAUAAUCUUGUAAACCAGGUGCUUUGAUUGUUUUCUGUCCCAUGCAGCUGUUGUUUUUUGGUAAUUUUAAUUCAAUUUUCGUGUAUAUAUUGAUGAUAUUGAUGUAUUAAUUAUGUAAGAAUAUUCUAUAAUGUAUUGCAUCAUUUUUGUUCUGAUUUACCUCUUAUUGUAAGCCUAGAUCAUUCUAGAAUUCUCUAGGCGGGUCUCGAGCCGACCUCUCGCUUCUGGACAUCGCUAGAAUGUUCUGGGCGUCUGACGAACCGUGUAUAAGCUGUAGCGGGCUGCCUAUCAACCAACAAGAAAGACCAACACCACAUGCAUAACCUUAAAGAUGGGGAUUAUCCUGCCAGUGACACAAGGACCUGGCGGGACCCCCCAACAAACCCUAAAACAGCACAUUCCCUAGGAUCGCACUUUGAACCAGCUUACUGUAGCUUAGCUUAUCUAACCUCCCUUGCCCCUGGGGGACUGAGGGACGUCUGUCACUAGCUAAACCACAAACCAGCCUCCGCAAGGUGGAAAGCCCACCUGCUAUCAUUCUCCUUAUGUACUUCCCACUUCUUAACUAUACCUUGCCCUAAAUCUCCUUGUUCACCUCAGAGCCACGGCUCUCUUAUCUCGGUGUCUGACUAACUGAGGGGCAGUUAGUGCUUGCCUCUAUUUCUAGCGUAAAGACUAAGCCUAGCCAGUGCCGGAUUUAGACCUGUGGAGGCCCAUGGGCAGCCUCUUUGUGGAGGCCCCCCUCAUUAUAACUACCCA